AUGCACACAAGAUAUAAUAUUCACAAACAUAUCUAUAAAGUUGUAUUUUCAGUACUUUCUAAUAACAUGUAUAAUCUUAUUUGUCAAUUUGGCAUUCUAAAGAAUGCAUUUCUAACUGGUGAAGUUUUGUCACUUAAACUGAAAGAAUUUCCUAAAUUAGAUAAUCCAUCAACUGAUACAACUAUCAGUAUCAUUGAAGCUGCAAAACUUUAA